GGUGUGUAUUGUGCAGAGACAGAGACAUCGCACUCUCGGACUGUGCAAGCAGCGGUACCAAAACCUGCUCCAACAGAUUCCAAACGAAUGCGCACAAGACAGAAUACUAAGAACACAAACAAGCAGAAAGAUGGUCCUGAUCCAAAGCUCAGCGAGAAGAGGAUCGCAUUUGAAGAACUGGCGAAUGAUACUGACGUCGAGCCCAAAGGACAUAAGAAGAGGAAGAGCCACGGAGCCAAGAAGCAGAAGGUCACAGUGAUGGUGUCAAGUAUACAGAAGGUCACCGAGACUUCUACUAACAGUGGUAAUGCACCUCGAAUGGCCCAAGGCAACAUUGUCAACAUACAGACAGCUCAGCCCCAGCCAGGCAAGGCAAACCAAGGACCAUCCAAGAAUGUCAGGGAGCAUCCAAGGCCACGUCCAGCUUACAAGCAGACUAUGACAACUGGACAGACCAUGACAACUGGACAAAUCAGCGCUGUACCAGGCCCAUCCACGCUUCAAGUACCAGGCCCACCUGCACUUCAAGACAGUGAGAUGGACCCCUUCUACAGCAGUCCAUAUGAGUUUCAAGAUCUCCCAGGUGGCAGAUACUUAGAGGUCAAUUCAGAUGAUGAGCACUUGACUCAAACAGGACCUGUAUUGAAUCAUGUGGCAUGGGGCAAUGCGGAGUAUGCUAAUAUUGGAUGAUACUCUGGUAUUUUAGCCUCAGAUAACAUCUUCAGUCGACAGUGGGACCAUCAUACCUGAUGAUUAUCUACAUCCAAAAGAUAGUUCAACAGUAUCUUCGCAUGGAUUACUACGUAGCAG